GCUGCCGUCGCCGAUGCUCUUUUUUUUUUGCCAGAAACAGAAAACAAAACAUUAAACAAACAUGGCAGACGUGCUCGAUCUCGACCAGACGGAAGAAUUCGAAGUUGACGAUGAUGGAGACCAGCGCGUGGACAAGUUGAAGGAGCGCGCUAAGAAGCGCAAGGGCCGCGGUUUUGAUGACGAGGGCACGGCCAGGGAGGAGAUCCAGUAUGAGACUAUGGAUGUGGACGAGACGGCCAUUGCCGCUGAUGGGCCCGGCCCCCAAAGAUCCGUAGAGGGGUGGAUACUCUUCGUGACGGCGGUGCACGAGGAGGCGCAGGAGGACGACAUCCACAACUUGUUCUCUGAGUACGGCGAGAUCAAGAACUUGCACCUCAACCUGGACAGACGCACCGGCUUCAUCAAGGGCUACGCAUUGGUCGAGUACGAAACCUUCAAGGAGGCUCAGGCGGCCAAGGACAACCUCAACGGCUCCGACAUUUGCGGACAGCCUAUCAAUGUUGACUGGUGUUUUGUCACAGGACCCAAAAAGCACAAGAAGAGCAGUCGCAGGAGACGAUAAACUUAUCAAUUCCAAGCUUAUUUUUCUUCUCUCUUAAUCUAAGUUUGUGAUGCAGUCCCUUUGUUUUUGAGAAAUAAUUAAGUGUCAAGUAAAAAUAAAUAAAAUGCAUCUCGAUCCAAU